UUAAAUUUUGAAUCGAGUUGUCUGUUUCUAAAUGCAUAUUCAUAUUUAGAUUUAAUGUUGCUAAAAAUCCCUCAAUUUUACAAAAAGAGUUACUAUCAUUCUUCUACUUAAAAAAAAAAAAUUAUAAAAAUCCCUUAACUUUAGAAAAGGGCAAUCAUGUUAUGCCCCAAAAUUGGGAGUAAAACAAACGCCGUACACUUGUGUGGAACUCCCACAAAUGUACAAGGCUCAAGCCUACUUAAAUCAUAUCUAGCAAUUCACGUAACUUAGAUCCAAAGUGUACAAAAUUACAUAACUUAAUCAGUAUAGUCAUGGCUAUAACUAAUAACCAAGGGAACUUGGUAUACAGAAGAAUGGUUGAUCAUCCAACAUCUAUGUUAAAGUAUGUGUGACUAACGACUUAACUCCAAAACGAUCUAAGACCAAAAUACAAUUACUAGCCUUCUAGCUCGUCACUUCCCUUGGUUUCCCAUGUCUCGGGUCUCACUAUAUAAAAUGGUGAACAAGGAAAAGCUAUGAGAUAUCUCAAUAAGUAAAAUAUGGAUAAUCCCCAUUUAUAGUUAAACAUGCCAUCAAGUGUAAUAAAAUUUUAAGAAAAAAAAAUACAAAUAUAGGAAAUGAAAUAAACAUCUCUUU